AUGAAGUUUAUUUUCAUACAAUCACUGAUUGCUGAUUCUUUGGAACUUAAUAAAAUACCAAUCUUGACUUUCACCUAUCGCGACGUUAUCACCAACCAGGACGGGCAUUCUUACUCACCACGACUCCCCAGUCUUCCCAGUAAUCUUAAACUUGCAGGAAACCUGGCAAAAUCCGAGGCUAAGAUUCGGGGGUUUAAAGCGACAAUACCACCGCCUGUGCCAAAAAAGCCUGCUCAUUUGACUCAGGUUACAAAAAUGAAUGAGAUGCGCACAAAUAUCACAGAAUUAUCUGUCAACUAUCGUUCCUCUCCAGCUCGUCCUACCUCAGGUGCCAAUUUUGAUGUUUACUCCAUCGAGCCUAUACCGUGUCCAAAGGAAUCCGCCCAGCUGCCCCUUAAGAAAUUUUCUGCUCUGCCAUUACCUCCGCGACCUGGUAGUGUUUGUGGCUGUGACCGACCAUUGGAUGAGGCUUGUAUUUACUCUCUGGAUGAAGACAACGUUUAUAUGGAUUUGUGCGACAUAGAUGAGAAUAAAGCUGAUAUGCUUAAAGAUAGAAUCCAGGGACUGGAAGCAGGGAUGAAGGAUGGCCCAAAGAUGCCUGUGGUAAAGGAGAGGACUGAAUGGCUGCCUGCUUCGGGUGAAGGCAGGACCAAUCUGAAAUUUAACGAUAAUCUUGUUGAG